AAAGUACAGACAGGGCAAAGGCGAGAGGUGCUUCCUCUCUGACAUGAAUACAAAGAAAUGUCACAGCUACCCUAUUUGUAAUUUUUAUUCCUAACCUAAUCCUUUGGAAUUUCUGCAGAAGGACCUUCCCGGUUUUAUUUGAUUAAAAACAUUUUAAAACGGACUCAGCAUUUAGCAACAAACCAGACGACCAAAUGAGUGGAGCAGCAUUUCCAUCCCCUACGGUAGAGAUGGCGGAGAUAAACCGCAUCCAGUAUGAAUUGGAGUACACUGAGGGGAUAAGCCAGAGGAUGCGCAUCCCGCAGAAGCUCAAAGUGUCCGCCCAGGGGCAUGAAGACCCCAGUGAUGGAUUGCAGGAAGUCCCCCCCAGCGUUAUAAUGCAAGUGCCAGAGAGGAUCGUGAUCGCUGGAGAUGGCACUGACACCCAGUUCCCCAGACCCAGAGACCUGGACCUCAUCCAGUCGUUACCCCUCGAACCUCUUGCACUGAAAACUCCUCCCAGAGUCCUGACCCUCAGUGAGCGACCCCUGGAUUUCUUGGAAGAGGAGCAUCAAGUAGCUCCAGACACUGAGGAGGUGGUGCGCCCCCAGGGCCGUGUACGGCGGGAGCGUUCCGCCAGUGAGAAUGCAGCUGUCCGUCAGCUUGUUCAUAAUGAAUCUGCUGCAACUUCACACCCCCCGACCACUAACCAGUCACGCCCCUCCCUCAACGUGGCUGAAGAGCACAACGUGUACAGCGCUAGCGGUGUUCUGUCUUUCAUCCAGUCCACCACACAUCGGGCCUACCAGCAGGUCCUGGAGGUCUUGGAUGAAAACUCACGCAGCAAACCAUCUCUGCGAGGGGGUUCGGCUCUGAGCUCCAACCCCCAGCCUGACUCUAGGCUCUCUUUGUCGACAUAUGAAAGCUCUAUGGAAGUGCCAGCUGAUGACAUGACGGUAGUCGAUGCUACAACACUCAGACGGCAGCUCAUCAAGUUGAACCGGAGACUCCAACACUUGGAAGAGGAGAACAAGGAGAGAGCAAAGCGAGAAAUGAUUAUGUACUCAAUCAGUGUUGCUUUCUGGCUCAUUAACACUUGGGUGUGGCUACGGCGUUAAGUCUGUAUUUCUGCCUCCGGUAUGACAGGAGAAACAUGCCACUCCUUAUUAAAUAUAUCAGAUAUUAGCUGCUUGCGCCACUGGGUCCUCGGCUUAAAAUAUUUGGGAAUUUAUUGGGCCCCAAUCUGCACAGGGUUAAUUCUUUGAGUUUGUUUAUUUAAUACGUGUACAGUUUUAUUUUUCUACUCUUAUUUCAUCUUGUCCAUUUUUUUUUUUUCUGUUUUGCUUUUAUUCCACGCUUUCUUACCCGGUCCUAAAUGAUUUGUAAAUAUUUGUUCAUGGUACCUACAGCCGUGGGAUGAUUCACAGACGUGUGGCAACAUUUUGCUGUAUGGUAUAAUGUUGAAUAUUUAUUGCAGGGAGAAUAUGUGACAUCACCAAGGAAAUGUAAUGCAAUUGAUUAAAAUUAUACCCGUGAAGUGUU